AAAGCACAAGCAGCCAGAGCCGAGAGACCCCGCCAACCUCAACCUCCUGUAAGUUCUCCUCCUCCCUUUCGCUGCCAGCCAUGCGAGGGACUAUAAUCCUACCGGGUUCUUGUUCCGAUCUCGUAUCCGUUGGUCGAAAUGCAGCAUCGCUAGCUCUUCUUGGUUUCUUGCUACGCGUUUGCCAUGAUUUUCGCUUCCCGUGUGGGUUGAUGCAGAUCGUGGUUAUCCGUGCAGGCAACCUGUUCGAGAAAAUGCUUCAGGGGGGCGCAGGGCGGGGGCCGCCGCCCGGCGGGGCAGCGGGGGCGUCUGGCGCCGGAGGCGGUGGGCGCGACCGCAUCAGCGAACUCACGGACGACCUGUGCCACCAUGUCUUCUCCUUCAUGAAGGCGUGGGAGGUGGUCCGCACCAGCGCGCUCUCCAGGCGGUGGCGCCGCACCUGGGCCACCGCGCCGUGCCUCGACAUCCGCCGGAUUUGUGCCUGCUCCCGCCGCGUUGACCAGGACUGGUACGCCGAGUUCGUCAAGCACCUGCUUCUCCGGCGGAGCCCCGUGCCGUUGAACACACUCCGGCUGCACUGGAACCACGACGACGCCAACACGUGGAUCGUUCAUGCUCUCAGGCGCAAUGCCACAGCUAUUCAGCUUUCCGCGAAGCACCACCACCCAAUCCUCAAGCUGGACUGCACGGCCUUCCUUUCUGGCAACCUCAAAAUCUUGCAGCUCAACAACGUGUCCAUGGACAGCCGCACCUUCUCGGGGCUCUGUUCUAGGUGUACUUCUUUGCAAGAACUAGAGAUCAGGAAAGUUCUCAUAUAUGCCGCAGAGAUUCAAUCAACCUCCCUCAAGCGUUUGACUCUUGUCAACUGUGAAAUCUUUAACGGCCUCACGGUUGAUGCUUCGAACCUUGCAGCCCUGUGCUGCAUCAGACCUCGCAGUUUUGUUCCUCAGAUCAAGAACUCGGGGUCACUAGCGACGGCCACUAUCAUGCUUGAUGACGCUUGCUUGCAACAUGUUGGCCCAUGGUCAGUACAGGAUGAUGAGGACGAUGGCGACACAUAUACUGAUUCUGAGGACUCUGACAUCAGUGAAUCUCAAUCUCAAUCUGAUGAUGGUAGCUGUGCAGUUGUUGAUGAGUAUGCAAGAGAUCGUGAGCAUCAUGGAAGCGUUGAUAUUGUAGUUUAUGGUGGCGAACGUAUUUUUCACAGCCUCUCGAAUGUGAGAACCAUGAACUUGUCAGCUCAUCGAGGAGAGGUUCUGCUGAUGACGGAACUGGAGAACUGCCCUGUGUUCGAAAAUCUGAGGACUCUAUCCCUUGGUGAGUGGUGUAUAAAUAGCGUUUUUAAUGCAUUAUCAACCAUGCUUGAGAAAUCUCCCAACUUAGAGAACCUUUUCAUUCACCUCGACAAGAAGGUCUGCAACAGCAGAGAUAACACCGAUCCAAGUGAAACAUCAUGUACUUACAACAACCUGAACGUGAAGAUCUCAUAUUCAGGGGAUGACAGGAUUGCCCAUCAGCUCAAAGACUUCUUCCUCACCAAUAAUGGCUCAUGGGAGAAGCGCAAGGCGCAGUGCGAAGCUGCCGAGAGUUCACCGAAGCAGAGGAGGGUACGGAGCCCAGAGGGAGGGCAAGGUGGUGGGAACUAGGUUGAUGUUGCUGCAUACUGCUUCUAGACUAGGGCCAGCCUGAGCUUGUUGCUGUUCCACUGUGUCAGUAAGACAGUAAAUGUGGUGCUGGGGUAAAAUUGCAAUUGGGACACCAUUGAUCAGAUGUCGAACAUAGUAAAUGGCACAGGUGCAUCGGCAUCGACUUAUUAGUACUGGUAAAUCAGUAGAUACGUUUGUUUGUUUGUUCCAUGGAAACGAUAGAUCAAACUGUAUAGUGGCUCUAAACUUGUUGUGUCCUCUUGAGACUUAUCAUGGGGAGCAGUGCAUGGAGUGACUGGCACUGAAUGAGCCUGGAGCUGCAAUCUGACCUGAGUUCUGGAAUGCUGUUGAAUGGUUGGUGACCUGAGUUUCUGAAAUUCGACCAGCAAAUUUCUAUAAAAGUCAUGUGCCAUUUUCACCA